AUGUGGUUGGGGGCCGUUGGGGUGGAGGAGCUGGGGAGAGCUAGUUCCACGCUUUGGGCACUAACGCUUCCCAAUGGGCGCAGGACGGUACUGAUCGAGAGCCCAAUAGGGAAGCUUACGGCCGACUUUCUCAACCUCCACCCCGAGGAGUUCGCGCUGCUGCCCGACUUUCUCAACCUCACCCCCCAGGAGGUCGCGCUAUUGCCCCCGGAGAGCCUGCCGCCGCUUUUCGACGACCUGUACGCGCCGGCGCUCCCCCCCAAAUUCGGCGUCGGGGAGAGAAUCGUGGACGUCACACGAAGGGGGCCACCGAUCCUGGGGCCCGGGGGCUCCACCUUCAAAGCCCAUGUCCUCUACCCGGUUGGCGACGACGACCGCGACGACUUCGGCAGCCAUCCCCUCAUAGGCUUUGCCCCGGGCUUGGCAGGGACGCCCAUGGACUACAUACGCACUCUGCACUUCCUGGCCUCUCAGGGGGCCGUCGUGAUAGCGCCCACUCAGCCGGUCACGCUCUUCAGCACCUCCGAAGAGUUCAGGGCGUUCGCGGCCGACGUCGCGGAGUCGGUGCGCUGGGUGCUGGGAGACGGAAGCGGCGGCGGCGGCAUCGACGACGACGACGGUAGCUACGACGACGGAUUCUACAGCGACGACGGCUAUUACGGUGACGACGACUUUAGCGACGACGGCUACGGGGACGACGGCGGCUUCCGGGGAACGGGCAAUGAUGCCGGACUCCAGUUGUACCUGCGCCGCCUCGUGGAUCGAAACAGAGUGGGAAUGUUUGGACAUUCCGUUGGCGGGGCACUGAUCCUGGAGGCCGCCCGGGUUGCACGCGAUCAUUUCUCGAUCUUCGUCAGAGACGUCUUCAGCACCAGCCCGCCUUGCAUCGACGGCAGCGACCUCUGCGACAUUCCCUACCACGCCGCCAUGGCGCUGGAGGGCACGAGGGUGAAGUUCUACGUCGCGGGUCAAGACACCGUCACCCCGCCACAUCAGGCGGAGCUCUUCCUCUCCCUUUUGCCAGCCAGCGCAAUUGGGGAGUUCAUGGUCCUGGAGGGCGGCACCCAUUGCUUCGUUGAGUCUGACCCCCGGACCUGGCCGUUCUUCAGCUCUGAGUGCGGCAAGGGGGGGAUUUCGCCAUUCCAUCAGAUCGCGGAGUGGCAGAGGCAGCUCCUGUGGUUCUUCUUCGGGGAGUAA